AUGGCUUCAACACAGCCUCCGAAAGACCGCAAAAGUUUUCGGGUAGGAAUUAUUUGCGCUCUAUCUCGUGAGGCGGAUGCAAUGUCAUUACUCUUCGAUGAAUUUUGGGACGAGGACGGUGAUCCAUACGGCCGAGUCGAUUCAGACACGAAUUUCUACAUCACUGGACGCAUCGGAAAACACAAUGUCGUCAUGACAAUUCUAUCCGGAAUGGGCACAUGUAGUACGGCUAUCGCUUCAGUUAACCUGAGAGCAAGCUACACUGGUCUCCAACUGGUUCUUCUUGUUGGCAUCUGCGGUGGCUUGCCACGUAUAGGCGACAAGGAUGCGUUUCUAGGAGACGUAAUAGUGAGCAAGCAGAUUGUCGGAUAUGAUAACAUAUUUGACGAUGGUAAUGGGAAGCCUAAUCCAGAUAUACAACCGUUGUUGGCAGUACUGGAUACGGAGUUUAUGGAGAAACGGUUGAAAAAAGCGGCUGCAACUCAUCUGAAGGAAUUGCAGCAAGAGGCACGAGAUAAAAUGCGUCGAGCUGAAUAUCACUAUCCCGGGGCAAAAAAAGACGCGAUAUACCCGCCCGAAUAUUUGCACAAGCACAGAGACUUCUGCCGAACAUGUUCUGAAGACCCCGACCUCUGGUGCAGAACAGCGUUUCGAUCUUCAUGUGCUGAGGUUGGAUGCGAGCCGGAUAAAUUGAUCCCAAGAGAGCGUACAGAGGAUCUUCCUGAAGGUGCAGACUUCGCACCUGAAAUCUUUAUCGGUCGACUAGGCUCAGGCAAUACUGUUAUGAAAAGUGGCUUAGACCGUGAUCUAAUCGCCGCUAAAUAUAACGUUAUUGCAUUUGAGAUGGAAGGCGCUGGAAUAGGAGAGGAGGUUUCCUGUAUUGUUAUCAAGGGAAUCUGUGACUACGCCGAUAGCCACAAGAACAAGACAUGGCAGGACUUUGCUUCCGCUACGGCUGCGUCUGUUGCCAAAGCCAUUCUUGCGUGGUUCCCAAGCAACAGUGAUGGGCAGCAUGAGCCACCUUUGCAAGCAUAUCAUGACGCAAACGAGCUUUCUUAUGCCCAAAAUUCACUUAUAGACACUGCUUGGGUCAGUCAGGAUGAUGUCUCGACAAGUAUGACAUCUGUCUCUGAGCCGGUACAGACUCCUGGGCAGUUAAGUAUAGCCGAGGUUCAUCGCAGGUAUCUGGAGCAGAGUGCUGGGUCUCCAUGA